CAGCCAUCGCAUAAGGCAGCAGGAACAUGGCGGCGGCACAGUUAGCUAUAAUGCUGUUUCACCAAUCCGAAGGUCAGAGCCGGACAUAACGUACAGGAUUUAAAAGGAACCAAACUACUAGAUGUGGGUGAUGCCAAGAAGUUUCCAGUGGUUCCCCUCGCGCAGAGAUGCCCUGAGGUUGUAUUUGGACUGAUGCCGAGUCGCUGAUAUGCAUUGAAGAUGAGUGGCGUAGGAGAUAACUCUUCGGACUCUGGCCGGACAGAGGCUCAGAAACGGAAAGAAUGUUCCUCAGAGCUACUAGGCCCGAGCACCAAACGAAGCACUGAGAAGCGCAACCGGGAGCACGAGAAUAAAUACAUCGAAGAGCUCGCCGAGCUGAUCUUCGCCAACUUCAACGACAUUGACAACUUCAAUGUCAAGCCUGACAAAUGUGCAAUCUUGAAAGAAACUGUGAAGCAGAUUCGUCAAAUAAAGGAGCAAGAAAAAGCUGCCACAGCCAAUGAAGAGGAGGUGCAGAAGGCAGAUGUGUCGUCGACAGGCCAAAGUGUUAUUGACAAAGAUGCCCUCGGACCCAUGAUGCUUGAGGCCCUGGAUGGCUUCUUCUUCGUGGUGAACAUGGAGGGCAACAUCGUGUUUGUGUCGGAGAACGUGACGCAGUACCUGCGCUACAACCAGGAGGAGCUGAUGAACACCAGCGUCUACAGCAUCCUGCACGUGGGCGACCACGCCGAGUUCAUCAAGAACCUGCUGCCCAAGUCGCUGGUGAACGGGGUUCCGUGGUCGAGCGAGAACCCGCGGCGGAACAGCCACACGUUUAACUGCCGGAUGCUGGUGAACCCGCACAGCGAGCCGGAGGACGAGCAGCAGGAGCAGGAGGCCCAGCAGAAGUACGAGACCAUGCAGUGCUUCGCCGUGUCCGAGCCCAAGUCCAUCAAGGAGGAGGGGGAGGACUUCCAGUCGUGUCUGAUCUGUGUGGCGCGACGGGUACCCAUGAAGGAGAGACCCAUGAUGCCUGCACACGAGAGCUUCACCACCCGCCAGGAUCUCCAAGGUAAGAUCACGUCCCUAGACACCAGCUCGUUGCGGGCCUCCAUGAAGCCCGGCUGGGAGGACCUGGUGCGGCGGUGCAUCCAGCGGUUCCACCUGCAGAACGACGGCGAGAUGUCCUUCGCCAAACGCCACCAGCAAGAGGUGCUGCGGCAUGGCCAGGCGUUCAGCCCCAUCUACCGCUUCUCCCUGGCAGACGGCACCAUCGUGUCGGCACACACCAAGAGCAAGCUAGUGCGCUCCGCCACCAACGAGCCCCAGCUCUACAUGUCUCUGCACAUCCUGCAGAGAGAGCAGCCGGUGUGUGGCAUGUCCCAGGAAAUGGGCGCUGGGCAGGGGAUGGCCAAACCCCUGAACGCCAGCUCCUCCAUGCCCAACGCGGGCGGCAUGCCCUCGGGCUCCCAAGGCCAGGACACCACGGUCAGCAGUAACUCCUCCACCUCCGCCAGCUCCGGCUUCUCCGCCCAGGGGGGCCCUAAGGAGGCAGGGGCCUCCCCGAUGGGCCCCUCGCCGGGCUACCGCUUCAGCUGCCCCCCGGGGGCCGGGGCGGGCCAGGGCGGCACCUACGGCUCGCUGAAGAUGAACAGCCCGUCGCAGAGCAGCCCCAGCAUGCUGUCGCCGCGGCAACGGGGCAGCCCGGGCGCGGCCGGCUCGCCGCGGUUACCGCCGCCGCAGUUCUCGCCGGCGGCCGGCAACAGCGGCCUGCACUCGCCGGCGCCGGGCCACGGCUACAGCAACUCGCUGCAGCAGCUGCAGGCGCUGAGCGAGGGCCACGCGGUCAGCCUGGGCGGCAGCGGCCUCGGCUCGCCCGACCGCAAGACCAUGGGCUCGCCGGCCUCCAGCGCGCUCGGCGCUCACAUGCUCAACAAGAUGCCCGCCGGAGCGGGAGGAGGAGGAGGAGGAGGGGGUGGGGCGGACGGCUUCGGUUCCGACCCCAGUCAGCAGAAUCAGAACCAGGCCAUGGAUCCUAGCCGCACCCCGGGGCAACAAGGGGAGGACGGCUCGGACGUGAAGGACGAGAAGGACCCCAGCCUGGGCGGGUUCGGCGGGCCCGGGCAGGGGGGCGACUCGGCCUCGGACCCCCAGAGUCGCCUCCACGACAGCAAGGGCCACACCAAGCUGCUGCAGCUGCUCACCACCAAGACGGAGCCCAUCGAGCCGCCCUCCCCGCCCAUGCCCGGCGACCCCUCCUGCAAGGACCCCUCGUCCGGGGGCCCCAUGGGGCUCGGCCUGGGGGGCCCGGGGGGCAUGGGGGGACCCGGCCCCGCCGGCGCCCACGGCACCUCCCUGAAGGAGAAGCACAAGAUCCUCCACCGGCUGCUCCAGCACAGCACCACGCCCGUGGACCUGGCCAAGCUGACCGCCGAGGCCACGGGCAAGGAGCCGGGCGCGGACGGCGCCGGGGCGGGCGGCGGCGGCGGCAACGGCGGCGCCGGGGCCCUCGGGGAGCUGAACCCCAAACAGGAGCCCAUCAGCCCCAAGAAGAAGGACAACGCGCUGCUGCGCUACCUGCUCGACAAGGACGACAACACCAAGAUCAAGGUGGAGCCGGGCGGCGAGAUCAAGCUGGAGCCCACCGGCAAGAUGCCCAUGGUGAAGACGGAGAAGACCGAGAUGGGCUACGAGCGAGCCGAACCGUCGAGCGAGCUGGAUGACAUCCUGGACGACCUGCAGAACAGCCAGCCGGGUCUGUUCAGCGAGAACCGGCCCGGCUCGGUGCCGGCCACCAUGGACAAGCAGUCCAUCAUCAACGACAUCCUGCAGAUGAGCCAGGACGCCAACGCAGCCAUGGGCCCCAACCAGCAGCCCAAGGCCUUCCCCCCCAUGGGACAAGCCAACUUUGGUGGCCCCAGGCCGGGUCAGGGAGGGAGAGCUCCCCCGGGCAGAAGCAUGUCUCUGGACAUGAACAUGGCCGCCAAGGCCUCCCCCGGCCAGUUCCCCCUCCUGAGGAACAGCAGUCCAUACAGCCUGAUGCAGCAGCAGCAGCAGCAGCAAGGCAUGAUGGCAAACCACAGGGUCAUGGUCAACCCAGGAGUGAUGGGGGCCAACAGUCCCCGUGGGGCCGGCCUGCAACAGGAGCCCUGGGGCCCCCACGGCCCCGCCGUCAGCAGCUCGGCCCCCACCCCGGCCUCCGUGGCCCAGGGCCUCCAGCAGGGGGCGCUCCACGGGCGCAUGGUGGCCAACGCGGCGGGCCCCGGGGGGCCCAUGCGGCCCAACAGCCAGCCGGGGCCCAGGCAGAUGCUGCAGCAGGCCCAGAUGAUGCCCGGGGGUGAGGCUCCGCACCAGCUGCUCCGCGCUGCUCGACAAGCAAACAUGGACAUGGGCAUGGUGGCGCACCAGUUCUCCCAGCAGCAGGUGCCACCCAAUCAGACGGCCCCGUGGCCGGACAGCAUGCUGCCCAUAGACCAGGUGCCCUUCGCCAGCCAGAACAGGUCGGUGUACGGCGGGCCCCAGGAGGACGUGUUGUGUGCGCCCCCUAGUGACGGCCCUGCUGACGAGGGGGCCCUGCUCAGUCAGCUGUACAGCGUGCUCAAGGACGCCGACUGCCUGGACGAGAUCGACAAGGCCCUCGGCAUCCCCGCGCUGGUGGGACAGAGUCAGCCUCUGGAGCAGGAGCAGUUCCCCGGUCAGGACCCCAGUCUGCUGCUGGACCAGAAGCUGCCGGUCUACCCGCCGCAGCAGUACGGGCCUCCGCCGGGCCACAUGGCCCAGGCCGGCUACGGGCCGCUGCAGGACCCCGCCGCCGCCGGCUUCCACGGCAUGCCGGUGCAGAUGGGCCAGCGGCCCGCCUACCCCAUCCAGCUCCGCAUGCAGCGGCCGGCCCUGCGACCGCCCGGCGGCGUGCCCAGCCAGCCCAACACGCUGCGCCUGCAGCUGCAGCACCGGCUACAGGCCCAGCAGAAUCGGCAGCCAGUGCUGAGCCAAAUGGCGGGAGUGUCGAACAUGAACCUACCUCUCAGACCCAAUGUACCCAAUCAGGGGACCAUCAACGCUCAGAUGCUGGCCCAGCGGCAGCGCGAGAUGCUGAGCAACCACCUGCGCCAACGGCAACAGCAAGUGCAGCAGCAGCAGCAGCAGCAGCAGGCCCAACAGCAGCAGCAGCAGCAGCAGCAACAACAGCAGCAGCAGCAGCAGCGUCUAGCCAUGAGAGCCCAGGGCCUCAACCUGCCCCCCAACAUGGCCGCUGCCGCCGCCGCCGCCGCCGGCCUGCCCGGGGCCCUGGGCAACGCGCGGAUGCCCCAGGCCAGCCCCCAACAGUUCCCCUACCCGCCCAGCUACGGUACCGGCCUGGCGUCCCCGCCCACGUGCACCAGCCCCUUCUCCCCGGUCUCCCCCAACCUCCCCCCCCCUCCGCCGGCCCCCCAGCUCCUCGCCCACAGCUCCUUGCAUGGCUCCCAGAUGGGUCUGGCUAACCAGGGAAUGAUGGGAAACAUGGGCGGACAGUUUGGGGGCGUUAUGAGCCCCCAAAUGCAGCACAGUGCCUUUCAGUUUCCCAGCUCAGGUAUGAGUCAGCAGCCUGAUGGUGGUUUCGGAGGAGCCACCACCCCCCAGAGCCCCCUCAUGUCGCCCCGCAUGGGCCACGCUCAGAGUCCCAUGAUGCAACAGCCCCAGGGCAACGCCAGCUUCCAGUCCUCGCCCGACAUGAACGGCUGGCCACAGGGCAACAUGCCGGGCAACAACAUGUUCCCCCAGCAGUCUCCGCCGCAGUUUGGUCAGCAGUCCAACGGCAACAUGUACAACGGUAACGGCAUGAACCUCAACGUCUCUAUGGCAACCAACGCCAGCAGCAUGAGCAGCAUGGGCCAGAUGAGCAGCCAGAUGAACGUCACGUCCAUGGCCUCCGAACAGAAAUACUGUUGACCUCAGCGAUGGCAGAUGUCCCUAUGAUGCCCCGUGGCACAACCCUCUCCCCCUUCGGACAGAAUCCCCAACCAGGCAGCCAGCCAGCAAGC